AUGCCAGGGUCAUGCAACAACCUCAAUGUCCUAGCAAAAUUCCUGUUAUUUGACGAGCUUACUGUCGGUCGAGCACCUAAGAUCGGGUUCCAAGUGAAUAAUAGAGUCCACAACUUGGGCUACUAUCUUGCCGACAAUAUAUAUCCUAGGUGUGUGACUUUCAUCAAAACUAUUCCACAUCUCACCCGUCCUGAAGAUAUUACAUUUUCCAAGGCCCAAGAGGGGUAUAGGAAGGAUGUGAAGAGGUGUUUUGGUAUUUUGCAGUCACGCUUUGGUAUUAUUAGAGGAGCUGCUCACGGUUGGGAUAAAGAAGAUCUCCGAUACAUCAUGUUGGCUUGUAUUAUUUUACACUAUAUGAUAGUGGAGGACGAACGCCUUGCUGAUAGUGAUGAUGAUUUGGAGUCCGAUGAAGAAGAGGAAAACAAUAUGAGGCCUAGAAUAGCCGAAGUUUGGGAUGGACCAACCGGUCGAGACUUUGAUGAAGUUGGUAGAGAUAGUCAUACCUUCGAUGGGUUCAUGGAGUGA